UGAGUUCGUCUCGGUGACCGCGGGCCUGCUUCACAGAACCAUGUCUACUAACGGGACAGAAGCCACCGCCAGCACCCAGGCGACAGGAGCAGAACCGGUCCAGCAGCCCAGCGUGGUGGACCGCGUGACCACCAUGCCCCUCAUCAGCUCCACCUGCAACAUGGUGUCCGCCGCCUACACCUCCACCAAGGAGAGCCACCCCCACGUCAAGACCGUGUGCGACGCGGCCGAGAGGGGCGUGAAGACCCUCACCGCGGCUGCCGUCAGUGGGGCCCAGCCCAUCCUCUCCAGGCUGGAGCCACAGAUCGCAUCGGCCAGUGAAUACGCCCACAGGGGUCUGGACAAGCUGGAGGAGAACCUGCCCAUCCUGCAGCAGCACACAGAGAAGGUUCUAGCCGACACCAAGGAGCUCGUCUCGUCCAAGGUGUCGGGGGCCCGAGAAGCCGUGUCCAGCGCCAAGGACACAGUGGCCACGCGAGUGACGGGGGCGGUUGACGUGACCCGGGGUGCCGUGCAGACUGGUAUGGAUGCGACCAAGUCCGCGGUGACCAGCGGCGUCCAGUCGGUCAUGGGCUCCCGUGUGGGCCAGAUGGUGCUGAGCGGGGUGGACACGGUGCUGGGCAAGUCGGAGGAGUGGGUGGACAAUCACCUGCCCAUGACGGAUGCUGAGCUGGCCCGCCUCGCCACGUCCCUGGAGGGCUUCGACAUCGCGUCGGUGCAGCAGCAGCGGCAGGAGCAGAGCUACUUCGUGCGCCUGGGCUCCCUGUCCGAGCGGCUGCGCCAGCGGGCCUACGCGCACUCGCUGGGCAAACUGCAGCUCACGCGCCAGCGGGCGCAGGAGGCGCUGGUGCAGCUGGCGCAGGCGCUCAGCCUGAUGGAAAACGUCAAGCAAGGAGUCGAUCAGAAACUGGUGGAGGGCCAGGAGAAACUACACCAGAUGUGGCUCAACUGGAACCAGAAGGAGCUCCAGGGCACGGAGGCGAACCCGGCCAAACUAGAGCAGGUGGAGACGCGGACGCUCACCAUGUUCCGAGACGUCACACAGCAGCUGCAGAGCACCUGCGCCUCGCUGGGCUCCAGCAUCCAGGGGCUGCCCAGCCACGUGAAGGACCAGGUGCAGCAGGCCCGCCGCCACGUGGAGGACCUCCAGGCCACCUUCUCGGGCAUCCAUUCCUUCCAGGACCUUUCCAGUGCGAUCCUGACGCAGAGCCGGGAGCAGGUGGCCAAGGCCCGAGAAGCCCUUGACCACAUGGUUGAGUACGUGGCCCAGAACACUCCUGUCACGUGGCUGGUGGGACCCUUUGCCCCAGGUAUCGUUGAGAAAGCCCCAGAAGAGAAGAAGUAGGACGGGUAGGAGGAGGCGGGAGGGACUUAGUCUCUCCCGGAGGGGCCGGCCGGAACCCUGCACCCCCCCCCCCC